AUGGGCUCCACUAGAGGUGCGGCGGCUGCCCGGGCCGUCUGCGUGGUACUGGCGAUUUUGGGAAGCCUGGCUGGAUCGGUCAGCUGCCUAGUCGGGCGACCAGAGGACGGUUAUGAAACAGCGCUACAUCAGGAGCUGCCAGCAGGAGCGUGGAAGAAGAUUAAUGUUGGCGGCUGUCUGGUGGGUCGCGGGGCAAAUGUCGUUGUAGACCCGGGUUUCCCAAACAUUAUGGAGUCUGUGAAUAUUCCGGGAUUCAUCGGUGGCCAGUUGUGUGACUGGCUCGACGCUCAGUUGCUAAGGCAUAACACCGUUGGUCGCAGGGUUCUAAAGCCACCAACAGGGUUUUUCAAAUUUCUCAAAAGUGACAAAAUGUACCGCUUUGAAGAUCACCUGGAAGUUAUUGUCACUCGUAUUGACUUCGUCAAUUACGAGCGCGUCCCCGGUGUCAGAGGUCAUGUUCCACUUCCGUGGAUGACGGCCACAUUCACAUAUCAUCCUCCAACACCGGAGUUUGGUGAGCGGAGCGUUCCAUUCGUUGCAAGGGGAGCGGAUCUUUCUUCCCCUACCCAAGUGCAUCUGCUCAUAACCCCCGAGAUAUCUAAGCAGCUGCGGUCGUUGGGCAACUACGCUCCGGGGGAAUUUCCAGCAUAUUUCGGCAGGGAAGCAAACGUCAAGGAAGGUGAAGAAUUGCCAGUACAUGUUGAGCAACCUGUGCUGCUUCGCAGCUUCGUGAAAGUUGACGGCGUCUGCGCUUUUCUUGAUGGCAGAUUGCUGACCGCGGAUGCAAAGCUGUGCCAAUGGGCGACUCAGUGGGCAACAAAAUACCCGUCGGCAUCCGCUAUUAUGCGCGUACAGAAAGCAACGUUAUUCAGCUCUUCUCCAUCUGUUCUUCUUGUCAGCAUCCAGCUCCAAAGCCCCGAAUAUAGCUCUUACAAGACGCAGAUUCCUGUGGUGUUGAAACCUAGCACCGAGCUCGCAGGAAUCUUUCAAGAGAGAUACGAUGACCUCCUCCAGAAGCACCGGGAAUUAUGA